AUGGCGACCAUCGUUGAAGGCAGUCUGCCGCUCUCUGUUGAGACUACAGCCAACGUGACUCAACAUGACGCCUCAAGACUGGCUGGCGGCUUUCUAUCAAGUUAUUCAGGCUGGCAGAUUGCCAUCACGGCCUUUCUAUUUCUCGUUCUCUAUGACCAGUUGUUGUACCUAAGGCAAAAGGGAUCAAUCGCUGGACCUGCCUUCAAGAUUCCCAUCAUGGGACCGUUUCUGCAAGCCAUCCACCCCAAGUUUGACGCAUAUCUUGCUCAAUGGGCCAGUGGCCCCCUCAGCUGCGUAUCUGUGUUUCACAAGUUUGUUGUCUUAGCAUCGGACCGCGACCUGGCACACAAAGUCUUCAAGUCCCCUACAUUCGUUAGGCCAUGCCUCGUUCCCAUGGCGAUCAACAUUAUGCGUCCAACUGCUUGGGUGUUCCUCAAUGGAAAGGCGCACGCUGAGUUCCGCAGAGGCUUGACUGGGUUGUUCACAAACAGGGCGCUCAGCACCUAUCUGCCUGUCCAGGAAAAGGUCUAUUCUGACUACUUCAACCGAUUUGUCGAGUAUAGCAAAGCCAACGGAGGAAAGCCUGCAAAGUUCAUGGGCUGGUUCAGGGAGAUCAACUGUGCGUUGUCGUGCCGUACUUUCUUUGGAGACUACAUCUCCCAGGAAGCAGUCAAGAGAAUCGCAGACGAUUUCUAUCUCGUCACCGAUGCACUCGAGCUUGUCAACAUCCCGCUCUCCAUCCAUAUUCCAGGCACCAAAUGCUGGCGAGGGAAGCGCACUGCAGAUGCCGUACUGGCCGAGUUCACAAAGUGUGCUGCUGCAUGCAAGGCCAACAUGGCCUCUGGAGCUCAACCCACAUGCAUUGUCGACCAGUGGGUUCAGCACAUGUACGAGUCGAAGAGAUACAACGAAGACAUUGCUGCGGGCAAAGAGGGAAUUGAGAAGCCUACAAAUCUUAUCCGCGAGUUCACCGAUGAAGAGAUUGCCCAGACCCUCUUCACAUUCCUCUUUGCCUCUCAAGACGCGUCUAGCAGUGCCACCACAUGGCUUUUCCAGGUUCUGGCUCAGAGACCCGAUGUUUUGGACCGCCUGCGAGCAGAGAAUCUGGCAGCACGAGGUGGCGAUAAGAACGGACCAUUCGAGCUUGAGAUGUUUGAGUCGCUGACUUACACCAACGCUGUGAUCAAGGAGCUUCUUCGCUAUCGCCCACCUGUCAUCUUUGUGCCUUAUCUUGCUACGAAGGCGUUCCCGGUUACUCCCGAUUAUACCGUGCCGAAGAACGCCAUGAUUAUCCCCUCCUGUUACCCGGCUCUCCACGACCCGGUAGCCUAUCCGAAUCCCGACACUUUUGACCCCGAGCGGUGGAUCACAGGCGAUGCCGAGACUAAGACCAAGAAUUGGCUGGUUUUCGGUGCUGGCGCGCAUGACUGUCUUGCACGACGAUAUGUGCCGCUCACCAUGGCGGCCAUGAUUGGCAAGGCCUCAUUGGAGCUUGAUUGGGUGCACCACGCGACGCCUCGAUCAGAAGAGAUUCGAGUGUUUGCCACUCUGUUUCCCAUGGAUGAAUGCCCUCUUGUCUUUACUAAGCGAGAAUAA